CUACCAUAAAAUUUCUCACCGGCUUGUCGUUGUACAAGAUCAACCUACACUACCUUUCUCAUUUAUUCAUCAAAUCAACAGCCUACAUCCAUUCCAUCACCUUACGAAAUUCGCAAUGGCUUCAAGGGAUGGAUCACCAGAGCCGAACCGCUGGUCACGCGCAUCCAGCACCGUCCGAAGGGAUAGUACCCCCGGCGACAACCUCGAGGCCAGCAUCAUCAGGUCCGAAUCCGGACAUAGCAGCAAGCGACCCAAGAAUAAAUCCACCGGCGGUGCAGCCUCAUCCUCGUUUCCUACUGUGGGAAAGAUCAGACAUCUGAAAAAGGAGGAUGGAGAACCGCUAUGGAGAAGAGAUAUCCAAUACGACUUUCUGAAGGCUGUUUUCGAUGACGAUAGAAAAGUCUUUACAAAUAGCUACGAACCCAUAGGAGACGGCAAGGAGAAGCAGAGCUUUGCCGAUUUAUACAUUGACACGAUGGCCAGAAGCAGCAAGACAAGCAAGGUCCUCAGGGAUAAACUACUUAGUGACAGGGAGGCCGCGAAGAGCAUGGCCAUGGUGUGUUUGCUGGUUAACGUGGGCCGCAUGAACACGACGCUAAACUUUUUUCCCGAAAUGCGAGCCCAGCUACGAACAUAUCACGCUAUCCCGUCCUUACAAGCUCAUCAAGACGCAUCAGCAUACAAACAGCUUCAAGAUGCGCCAAGGCUGAAAUCUAUCUUGAAAGGUGCCGCUGAGGAUAGACCGGAGCCGCACGAGUUGGGCGAAUUUAAAGGAAAGGACCCUCCUCGAUCGAACCCGGUGAACCUCAUCUUUCUCAUCUGCCAACAAGCAUCCUAUAUUGCGGAAUUGCAUUUUCCUCCUGGCGGUGAAUUCCACGACUUGAUCAUGAAGACGAAUUAUACGAGCAAGUCCCGCGCAAGAGCAUUCCUAUGGCUAAUGUGGUUCUAUCUCGAGUCGGACUUCACCGAGGAAGGCUGCGAAGAGAAUCCGUUUGGUCCCGGUGUCGACUACGGCACCGAAGUAGCAAAUCAGGGUGUCCCGCGGAUGGAAGAAAUGACGCCGGAAGAAGAGGAUCGCGAGAAUAUCGACCCACAAGAAGAGAUCGAGUUUGGUCGUGAGAAGCAAAAUCACAGAGCCAAAAUUAUAGCGGCGGAUCAAGCAUACUUAGCAGAUCAUCAGAACAAGCGCGGCUCUAGGGGACGUGUCUUGGCCGACGAAGGACCGACGGCGGCUAUCCUCCCUCGGAUACGCCCAUCGAAGCACGAGUCGGAUAUGGAUAGCAUACGAUCCACUCCACCACCAAGAGCCUUAUCGCGCCUUGGUAUCAACAGUACCGGACGACGGGGCGGAGCGUCUUUAAAGAAUUUGAUAUUCGACGGUUCGUCCCCCGCCGGGCCUGGAUCCCACGUCAUUGAGGGGAUAGUUCCCAGAAAACCGCGCCCUCCUACGGCACACCAGCUAGCAGUAGAGCGAAACCGAAGUCAGCGAGUUGAGCAUAUUCUCGGCCGCGGGCUACGGAAGCAACAUCACCGCGCACGAAAGGUGCGACGACAAGAAGGUGCCAUCAUACGUGCUAAGCGCCGUCUAGCCGCCAUGAAGGAUGCUCUAGUAGACAGUGACGAAGAAGAAUAUAUGUCUCAUAGGGAGCACAGGCAACUCUUCAUAGAUCGAGGUUUUGGCGGUCUCUGCCAGCUUCAUCAAGAAGACGACGACUUUGGCGAAGAGUUCGCAUCGUACGCGGCGGCACUAAGAAGAACUGACCGUCGGCUCCGACGCUGGGAUGGUCGACCCGAAUUAGGUAUCGUGUCUACGACCAAGAAACGUAUCGCAGGCCCGCCAUCCGAUUACGCCUCGUCAAACCAUCACGGGCAACAUGACAGGAAUGGCAGCCCGGAGAAGGCGGAUAGAAUCAAGGCCAAGCAAAAUGGCAACACCAACGGUGAUGUUACAAUGGAAGACGUAGACGAUCUAGACGCGAUGGAGAAAGAACUCCUAGGCAUCGGCAGCGGCGGCGAGGAAGGCGAGGGAGAGGGAGAGGGAGAGGGAGAGGGUAAGGAUGAUUCCGAGGACAUCGAUAAUAUCGGCAAGGCGUUACUUGGACUUGAUGGCUCGGAUGGUACGGAUAGUUCAUAAUGUUCUUGAGGCAAUCGGAAUUAUUUAUUUAUCUCGACACGGCUGAUCAAUACGGAUCGAUCAUUCGCAGCCGACGACCACGCAUUAUUUUGCAAUGUUUGUUCUACGUCGUCUUUCGACGGGUUUUUUGGUAUGGCUAUGGCCCUCCCAGCAGAAACGCUUGUACAAUACACUUAGGAGAUUAACGGAAAAAAGGAUGGUUUUCAAGGGGGGCGGAAUGGAAGCAGGGAGGGAGGAGGACUAAAUGAAAGAGCUAGCUAGCUAAACAAUGUGUUUUCCAUGUUUUAAAAUGAUAAUAUCUCCUAUGCGAGAUUAAAAAAGGGGGGAUUAAGAAGAAAAGAAAGAAGCAUGUCUUAAUAACUCCUUUUUUUUCUUCUGGGGGUUUUCAAUGUGGGUGAUGUGAGUGAUGAGUACCUACCUAAGUAGUGCGAUGUUUCUUAACAAAUAUCGACAAUUGUAUUAUUAGGCAACCUUCCAGUUAUGAUUUAUUUUAACGGAUGCAAAGCCCCUCUAUAAGUCACCAGGCGCUCUACUAUGUCUUGCGAUUUGGAGCUGAAGUCUGCAGGAAGAGUUGAUGUAAGUUAGAUGCAUAUAUUCAGUGUUGGUGUCUUUCAAUAACUAUUGUUUGCAC